GGGCCCUGGGAUACAACCCACUUCCGCGCGACCGUGUUCUAGGACCAAACACAGUCGAUUUGCGCUACUUGCCGCAGCGCUGACCGCACGACGCGUCAAGCAGUUCACGAAGCAGUUCCGCUCGCGUAGGAUGGCGGAGGACAUACUGAAGCUGUGGCAGCGCCAAUAUCACCUGCCGCGCGAGGAUUCUGACAAGCGCACGCUGCGCGAGCGCGUUCACCUGUACCGCCCGCCGCGUUCAGACCUAGGUGGCAUUGCGGUCGCUGUGACAGUCAUCGCGCUGUGGGCGACGCUGUUUGUCUACGGGCUGUGGUUCGUCAAGCUGCCAUGGGCGCUCAAAGUGGGCGAGACAGCCACGUCCUGGGCAACCAUUGCUGCUGUAUUCUUUAGCCUGGAAUUCCUUUACACCGGGCUCUUCAUCACCACGCACGACGCGAUGCAUGGCACCAUCGCGCUGCGCAACCGGCGCCUGAACGACUUUCUGGGCCAGCUGGCAAUCAGCCUAUACGCCUGGUUUGACUACUCCGUCCUGCACCGCAAGCACUGGGAGCACCACAACCACACCGGGGAGCCGCGUGUGGAUCCGGACUUCCACCGCGGCAACCCCAACCUGGCGGUGUGGUUCGCGCAGUUCAUGGUGUCGUACAUGACCCUCAGCCAGUUCCUCAAGAUCGCGGUCUGGUCCAACCUGCUGCUGCUGGCGGGUGCGCCGCUGGCCAACCAGCUGCUGUUCAUGACGGCGGCGCCCAUCCUGUCCGCCUUCCGCCUGUUCUACUACGGCACCUACGUGCCGCACCACCCGGAGAAGGGGCACACCGGCGCCAUGCCCUGGCAGGUAUCCCGCACCAGCUCCGCCUCCCGGCUGCAGUCGUUCCUCACCUGCUACCACUUCGACCUGCACUGGGAGCACCACCGCUGGCCCUACGCGCCCUGGUGGGAGCUGCCCAAGUGCCGCCAGAUUGCCCGCGGCGCAGCCCUGGCGCCCGGGCCGCUGCCCGUGCCGGCAGCGGCGGCGGCUACAGCCGCCACCGCGGCGGCGGCAGCAGCAGCUACAGGCAGCCCCGCUCCCGCCAGCCGAGCAGGGUCAGCUUCCUCCGCCUCCGCAGCGGCCUCCGGAUUUGGAUCCGGACACAGCGGCUCUGUGGCUGCGCAGCCGCUGUCUUCGCUGCCCUUGCUGAGCGAGGGCGUGAAGGGGUUGGUGGAGGGGGCGAUGGAGUUGGUGGCAGGUGGCAGCAGCAGCGGCGGUGGUGGAGAGGGCGGCAAGCCGGGCGCGGGGGAGCACGGGCUGCUGCAGCGGCAGCGGCAGCUGGCGCCUGUUGGCGUGAUGGCUUGAGGUGUGUAGAGGCAAGGGAGGAGGUGGGAGAGUGUGAGAUUGUGAUGGGAGGUGUCAGGCGGAAGACACACACCACCUGGUGAAACGGACCGACGUUGAUGUUGCUGGGACUACAUGGAGUAGGAAAUAAGGGACAUGAAAGAGUGAAAGGUGUUUGGGUUGCGUUGACACAGCGGUUUGGAAUUGAACCGUAUCGUUCAGGGUUGUCGGAUGAGAGAGAGUAACAUGGCACACGUGGCCGCGGUGCUGCAGGGAAGUGUGUUGCACUGAGUGCAGGGAGAGGAAGAUUCCGAGCGAUGACAUGAGAGGGGUCGGUGACUGGUGCGGGUUACUUUUGUGAUGUGGAGAGUGUGCAGGCUGAGGGACUGAUGCUUUGAACACACCAUUCCGCCCCACGGCGGAUGCACUUUUGACAAGAGUUCAGGGCAUGAGAAAUGUGGGCGUAGGCAGCAGGGUAGGCAGGCGUGAAGCAGGUGCGUAGGAUACCAUACCUGGGAUUCACAGGCAACGUGGUGUGCAGCAUGGCAGUUGUCAGAUUGUGUCAUGGAAAGGGGCUGUCGUCAGCGAGAGGAGUGAGCGCGCCGUGAAUUGAGACUACAAUGGGAGGAGUGUGGACUGCCAGUCCGCCGCCCACAGCUGUCGAAGUAAGCCUGGGGAUGAAUGAGGAUAGGUUGAGCCAGGUCGAGGUCCCACCGCUCACGCCGGCCGAAAGUCUGGCAGGCUGGCUAAUAGCGCAAGUGACUCGUUGGCACGUGCAAACGCAUGAGGAACA